AUGCAUGGGGGCGGUGAUGGCGGGAUCACUGUGCGGGAGUUGCUGCAGUCGUGGUUGCCUCCGAAUACGAGGCUGGUGGACGCCCUUGAGGGUGUUAGGUCGCUGAUAGGGAUGAAGGAGCUGCAGGGAAUGCUGGCGUUUGUCCCACUGCAUGCCGAGGUACUCAAAAGGGAUGGAGCCGGCGUCGGUGCGGCCUACCUAGCGGGGGAGAAGUUCUUGAAGGCGCUUGCGUCCGAAUACGCCUUCCUUUUAUUUCCCAAGGGAGACAGCUCUAAGCUUACCAACGUGGCGCGUGUACUCCUCUCCUCUGACACGUUGGACCCGGAGUUGGUGAAGUUCCUCGGCACCACGUUGGCGGCACGCAAGGUGCUCCUGCCUUUUUUGGCGCUGCUGGUGUGGGCGAGGGGCAUUCCUGCGGCGUCCUCCCUCCUACUUCCCGUGCUGCGCAGUGUGAUGUGCACCGAGGAAUACGCGGUGUCAUUGCCAGCUGUUUUGUCCUCGUUCUAUCCCGGGGAGUCGUUUGCUCGGCUUUCACACGAGCAGCAGAUUGAGUUGGUGGUGAAUGGGUUGGAACGGCGUGGGGUUCGCGUGUCGCGGGAGGCGGAAGUGUCGAAUCCGAAUGAGGGUGUCGAGGUGCGUUACACUGUGCGGGUGAAGCGUGGGGAGGGAGCCGAGUCGUGCCAGAAGGGGGUAACGCUUGCUAAGUUCUAUGGCAUUGUCAUGGACGAGGGGAAGAAUGUUUUGCGUGGAAAAUUGCGCAAAAAGAUGCUGAAUGCGCAGCUUACAUUACGCCCGGCUGAUAUGAAAGUGUGGAUGCGUAAGAUUCAUCGCCUGCUGCGCUUUCACCCUCCGUACAGGGACACCCUGCCGCAGGACUUUCUGGAAAAUGUGAAUCACUGCGAGGGAUGGAUGCCGCUGAGCGAGAUGCACCGCAUCCUGGAAGCGUAUUCGGUGGAAGCGUGCAAGCCUAUGCCAUCGCUGGAGAUGCUGCAGAAGCUGCUUGAGAACCACGAGCACUUUGAACGGUAUGAGGUGGACGUUUGCAGGGUUGAUGGGGGCGCAUUUGAGGGUCAGUUGUGCGCCCGUGCACGGUACGCCCAUCGGGGCUUUGCAUCAAUAUCCACACGCAUCUUUGAGAAGUUUGUGACUGUCACGGAACCGAACGCGUGCCCCACCUACGCGUGGGUCCCCUUAAAUGAAAAGAAGCAGCUCGACCCCGGGCUUCGCAAGGGGUUGUACAUACUGCACCAGGACAUACAAUUUGUUUCGCUGUUUUCUUUGGAAUCACUUGAAAAAUUCAGCCUGUACCAACUGCAAACGCCACGGGAAGAACAGUACGACGAGAAGCUGGGGGUGAGCAGGCCGUUGCACUUUUUAGAGCUUUGUCUUCGUGCGGCGGUGCGGGAUGCCAAGAUGAGGGUGCUCCAGGCCUCACCGCGGGGGGAGGCUGCGGCGCACUGGUACCUCUUCUCGACCCGAAAGGAAGAUCCCGCGAAGGAGCAUUUGCAGAUCCCACGGUAUUAUUUUACGGGCCGUGUGGCAACGCUGUGCCGCGGCGAGGCUGAGCAGGAAGACGGGACUGCCACGACGGCAGAAGAAGAGUAUCCCACGGGCAUGGUCUUCAGCUGGUGCUGGUUUUUGAAGAACACCAAUCACGAUGGUUUCUCGGUUGAGGAGGUGAAUCGCAUAUUUGGCUCCGACCGGACAGAUGUGAGCAACGACGAAAGCGGCGAGGGGGCGGCGGCGGAGGAGGAAGAGGAAGAGGAGCCUGUGCUCUCCAAUAGUCCUACCGUUAUGCCGUCGCUGGAUAUCAAAGGUGCGCAGGUGACAGUGCUUAACUUUGUGCGGAGUCCGGAGCUGAUAGUCACGCGUGUCUCGUUCCCAAAGCAUCCGCCCGACGGAGGCUUUUUUUGGGGGCGUCGAAAAAAUAUUGCCCUGUUUAAGAAGUGGGUAGUGGAUCUGGGGCUUCGGUGUAGUAGCCUCCCUUCAGCGGAUGACACCCAGGAGGAGCUGUACCAGAUCAGUAGGCGUGGUCUUUGGGACCAGAACUUUAUUGACAGCAUUGUGAAGGAAUUGGAGCUGGAGGACAUUCCGGACCGCAAGGUGCUUUUGCAGGCGUUGACCCGUGAGUGUGAAAACAAGGAAAUGAACUACGAAGUCCUGGAGUUUGUUGGCGACGCUGUGAUGGACUUUUUGGUGGCGUUCGACAGUUUCCUGCUGGGGGAACCCUGGAAUACACACGUCAUCGCAGAGCUAUGCUCCAAUGAGCUGCUUGCUCAUCUCAUCCCUGUCUCGCUGAGUAAAGCACUCUCUCAGGUUUAUGUGGACCUGCACACGAAGGUGAAGGCGGACAUGGUGGAGGCCAUUCUAGGUGCUGUGUACCGCAGUCACAUGGGGCUUGACAGGGUGCGUCAACAGCUACGGCACUUCUUCAGCUGCAUCCCCGCCGCUCUAGCGGAGGGGCCCCGGGGUCUAUCCCCACAGAAUCUGCUGGAGCAGGCGGCAGCAGCCUGUCCAUACCUUCGCAGCGACACAGAGCUGCUGGAGGAGCGACACAAGUACGCCUGCUCCACAUUAAUUGAUGAACGGAGCGCUGCGGUAUUCGUGACCUCGGCAACUUCUUCCCUUGGCGGUCACCACAUGAGCCACUAUGCCUCAAUACCGUUCAAGCGCAUUCAGGACAAGGCAUACGCGACGCACUUCACCACAGGCAAGGUGUACUCCUACCGGCGAAUUUCUUCCAUCGACGUCCCCGCGCUGUUCAACCGGAUUCUGGACGCCUUUGCCAACAGCGCAACUGCCUUUGCCAACGAAAUCAUUACGAAAGAAACGCACCUUACCAUCGAUGUGGAUGGACUAAACGUCACCUCCUGCGGCAUUUCGAAGAUGAUUUGGGAGUGGUUUUGCAGCACAUUCGCAUCCCACUCGGCGAUGCUUCUCCUGGACUGCUCGGGCAUGUCCGUUGUGUCGAAGAAAAUGAAGCACUCGUGCCACAUCCACUUUCCACAAGCAGUCACAAGUCUACAACGACUGCUGCAGCUUAUAACUGAUCUCCGAAAGCACAUUGUGAGGAGGCUGUCUCAUGCGACUCGGCUUGGUGAUGUCCUCGGUUUCUGUGGGACGAAGGGAAGCGAGGAACCCACGGCUCUCAUUGGGAAAAUUGUUUUCGCGAUGCGUUGUGACCCCCACAAAAAAGAUAUCUGUGAAGAUCCUGUCUUGGACUGUCUGGAUCUGCGUGGUAUGCUGUGUCUUGGGGAGACCUGUGCUGCGAUGCGGCGGCAUGUCUAUUCCUACCUCACUAGCGUGGCGAGGCGGCCUUCCAAAAAGUCACAUUUUGUCAGGUUGGUCCCCAACUCUCGUUGUUUUGGAGAAAGCAGCCUCGCCAGCGACCAUGAUGUUCUCAUGAAGGUGCACUGGGCCUCAGAGGAUGCAGCCGAUGUGAUUGGCGAGUUUAUUUGGUGUCCCGCGAGCAGGCUGGUGGAACUCAGCGAGGAGUCGCUGGGCGUGGUGGAGUCUGUGGGGCACGUAGUGGAUGGAAAGAAAAUGAGGCCAAAGGAGUUCUUUAUCGAGCAAGUCACGCUGUUGCAGAAGAAUAGUUUCUUUGCACCGGCGUUUUGGGACCGCGUCAUUGAUACGUCACUGGUGAAGAGCCGAAAGCUGCGGAUGUACCUGAACGACAAGUAUGACACGGUGUAUGGUAAGGAGUACCGCCCACUCUUCCUGGACACCGUGUUUUGCUCCCAGGGCACAAUAGGAGCCGUGCGGCCUGACAAUAGCGCUUCUGGCAGCGUUAUGCGAAGCCCCACAGGUGCCUCGAACGAUGAAGAGAUGGACCAAUACCCUGUCGAGAUUGCACACGCAUCACUUCUGCGCCUUACCUCCAUCCGUUGCCCUGAAUACCGCGAUGUGCAAGGGUUGAGCCGACAUGCCUGGUGGGACGGCUGCAAUGACGACGACAACUUUGGCAACUUUGACGGCAUUGAGGCCAUCGAUGACCGACUGAAGUCCUUUGAGGAUUACCAGGCGUGUGACGGCGUCCCUGGCGCUGACUGGGCCCUUUGGAUUCACGCCGUUUUCGGAAUAUUGGCCAGUGAUGCCAAAAACUUGUUGGGGAAUGAAACGACGAAGACGGCGGCACUGCAGCCUGCGUACUGGAAAUUUGUGGAGGGGACCCGUCAGGCGCAUUUUUUGGUGGCGGGGGAGGUGAUGCUUGCCGUUGGCCCCUGUGAGUCCCUGCAACAGGCUCUGGAGCAGAAGCACGGCAUGGAGACAAUGACACGAUGCCUAGUCCCCAACAUCACGAUAAAAGAGGCGCCGAUUGACCCAAGGUGGCUGACGGCGUACGCAAAGGACGUCUUCCCGUUAUUUCUUGUCCUGCGCAAGAAGCCCGUCGUCUCCGCUGCGGCCCACACAGAACAGGUUGGGCCGGGGAUUAAUACUGCCUCCCUAAUCACCGCGACAGGCACGAGCAUCAACGGUGGCUUGACCGAGAUGGAGCGGCCAGCAACAGCAUCACCCAACGGCGGUCUGCCAAACAGGUUGAGGUCUUCCCCUGAAAGGAUGGUGCGUCUGCUUCUAGACAACAUGGAUGGAAGUGACCGGUUCAUCGACCAGGUCUAUGCGGCGAUUGUGUCGGCGUUUCGCGGACCGUACCGUCCCUCGUUAUUUGUCACUUCCGAAAAAAAGUUGUUUUUGUUUCUUUCAAAACAUUUUCCCUGCGUUGUGUCUCCUCAAUACUUUACAGCGUGCGCCGUGACAGGAGUCCGUCGCUGCGCACAGCAUGUAUUUGCUUACAUCUUUGUUAUUGAUUAUACGGUCAAUCCGUACCGUAAUGAGAGUCUCGUCGCGGCAAUGUGGGAAGGCCUCGCAGUGAGAAAUGGACGGGUGUAUGCCUCCAGCGAGGCCAUCCGACAGUGUCUUCUUUUGUAG